UGUGUGUGUGUGGUUUCUCUGGUAGGAACAUAGCCAGCUGCUCUUGUGUCUCCUGCUGUUGCUGCUGCUCUAACUAGUUUUAUCGCUGUCUCUUUACUCUCUCUUUCUGCUUAGCUCCUUGUCUACUGAUACUCCUCCCAACAUGGAAACAGAUCACUCUGCACAGCUCUCAGCGGACGGUUCAUCAUUACAGAGUCAAAACAGUCUGGAGAAAGAAGAGAAUCAGAAUUCUUCAACUGCACACCAGCCAACAGAGAAGGAGGUAAGUGUGCAGCCUGAAGAGGGAGCUCAUGAUAUCUCUGAGGAGUUGAACAGACAGUUGGAAGAUAUCAUCAACAUGUAUGGAUCUUCUGCCAGCACUGAAGGGCAGGAGGAAAAUUCUACCAAGGUGAAGGAGCAGCUUGAGAAUGCAGAUCCACCCGACAAUGAAGAUGGGGGUUGUGAUCUGAUCAGUGAAGAGACUGAGAAAGAACCUGUGGCUUCUGGAGACACACCUACAGCCAAAGAGUCUAUCAGCAGUAAAGAACAAAAACUGGAAAAGAAAAUCCUGAAAGGACUAGGCAAGUGGUUUUAUAUUCUAAUAUAAAAUUUGUUUAGUAUUCCUGAAAGGCAGCACUUUUCCAGCAGUUACUAAAAGCUGCCUCCCACAUCUGGGUUACUAUAACAGCUUCUUACCCUUUCUGUUGCCGCACUUAUCACUAGCUUCUUUCCCCCCAACAGAAUUGAUAUUAAGCAUAUUAACACUUUACAACCUAUCUUCUGUUCUCUAUGUCAGCUCAUACUCUUAGGACAAUGGCAAAAAAAAAAAAAGAACCUUUUUUAAAAGUUAUUUUUAUUGCUGUUUGGGAGAUUAUGGUUUACAAUACAAUUGUUGACAGAUGAGUACAAUUUCCCUCAUUUCCAAUGCAUCAUGCAGUAGGACUUCAAGAUCUCUCCACCCACUCCCUCUCUCUCCUUUCCCAGAGUCCUGUAUAAGUACCAUGCACUAACUGAUUGCACUACUAGAGCUGCCUUUUCACAGAGUCCUUUGCAUUAGUGCAAUACAUCACACCCAGUCCAAGUUUUGCUUUGUGACUUUACUCUCUAUCCCUAUUUAUUAAGUUUUACUUAUUAUUAAGAUCAAUUGAUAUUC